AAAUCAAAACACGUACGAGAUAAACGGUACCUUCGAACCCGGACCCCCAGCUACCUACCCCCACUACUGGUGAGACAGUGAGUUUUCUUUCUGCUACCAACAACUCCAACGUUUCAGCUCUGACACUUCAAACGAAGUGUCUUCAUCUAGUGACACACAAAAUGAAAUUCAGUAUUGAAAACCCUUUCAUGUUAACAUGAUUGACGAUUUGAAUCAAUCGUAAUUCUACAAAUUUACGUACACGUUUUUUAUCCUUUAUUUUCAUGUUGUCAUACAGCUGAUCGCAGUUUGUUGUUCUUGUUCGCUGUUUUCUUAUUGUUGUUUUCAGCAGCCGACUGACGGCCGUUGGGCUUUGGUCAGACCAAGAAAUGGCUUCAAAAUUGUUGAGAAGUGAGGUACUGGCAGCAUUCAAGAAGCUACAUAAAACUAGGAGGAAAGUAUUCAGAGAUGACGAUCACACUCUCAACGCUGCAAGAGAAAAAAUUAAUGAGGAGUUCCGGAAAAACAGUGGUGUUUCAGACCAAGGAGCGAUAAAAGAGCUCAUUGACUUUGCUAAUGCUGUGGAGCACGAAAUGCGAACUACUAUAAUUCAAACAGUGGAAGUGGCGCCUGGCAGAUUUGCUGCAAGAAUCACUGAAGAUACCGCCAAAUUGGAUAAUGUAGAGUUUGAUAUUACGAAAAUUCCUGACAAGCCUGCACGUCAAAGGAAUACACCAUGCUGUCAAGAGCCAAACCAAAAGCUAUCUUAGAUUCCCAGGUAGAAUAAUUAAUAGUGAGAUCAUCAUUUGUAUGCACUGUGUGCAGUCCUCAUUACACAGAGCUAUAAUGUAAAAAUACCUGUUUUGUUUUUUCACCUGUAAUUAAGUUCAUUCUUAGUAAAAUUAUGUCAAUCAAUACAAUGUGGAGAUGUCAAAGUCACUAAUGAGAGAACAAGCCCUCUCUUAAUUAAAUUAAAUAAACCCAUGAUAACAAUGAAA